AUGACGCAACACAAUGAGAAUCGUGGCCCCAUCCCUGAACAGCCAACAGACGCAAAGACGCCUGCCAAAUUACCAGCCUGGGCGCAGCAGACACUUGUCGAAGAAACUCGCUCACAGCCGUGGAAGGAGCAAAACCAGGUGAAGGAUGAUGCGGACUUUGCUAAUGGCGAAGACGUCAUCCAUGUCCCCGAAGAAGCUGUCAGAGUACUGGGGCAUCGAACAUCGUCUGAUCACGGUAUCCCGUCAACCCAUGAGCUAGGCAUUCGGCCUAAGGGCAGUGACAAUGCAUCCUCCUCGGGGUCGCGCGAUCUCAACGUCGAUGAAGGCUCGGAUUACCAGCAUGAUGCCUGGCGGCGAGUUCUCGAUCAGAAGCGAGCAGAGCUCAAGCUGCGAGCCAAAGACCACAAGAAGCAUGGCAUUCUGCUUGGACUGGAAAAUGGAAAUGCCGACCAGGGCGGACAAGAUCCAGUAACAGCUGAGAACUUUCUGCAGGUUCUUACGGCGAAGUACAACCAGCAUGGUGUCGCAAAGAGAAUGCGCCAUGUACGGGACAUGUUUGCCAGCGUGGAACCCUUCAUUGCGGCCGUUACGACCUUGGCACAAACAGAAAGGUCAGCGGCAUUGGUCUGGGGCAGUCUCUGUCUCAUCUUCCAGUCCGUACUCCGCUUUGCCAACUUUUGGGAAGAAAUGAGACGAAUGUUCCGCGAGCUUGCCGACGAUUUACCCCGUAUACAUGAAUAUGCACAAAUACUGCACACGCCUCGCCUGCAUGACGCACUACGAGCCGUCUAUGCAACAUUUAUAGAUAUAUGCCUGAUGACCGCAGAUUGUCUCGAAGCUGAUAAGUGCUAUGCGUUAAUGUUGAUCGAGUGGUCAUCCUUCAAUUCAACGUUUACCCGCAAAUGCGGUGAACUGCGGGGAAUGACACAAGACUUCGAUAAAGAAGUCAACUUGGCCAGGACCAAGGAGGAAUCUGAGCAUCAUAAGGACAUUAUGAAAGCCCUCCAAAACGCUGGCUUGUCUGCCGGCAAUCCCAUCACAAACAUCACCGUGCCACAAAACCCGAAGUUUACUGGAAGAGACGAAACCUUGGCACAGCUGCGGACGUGCCUCGAAUCCAGAUACGAACAACAAAACCAGGGGGCCCCGGACCAGGGUGAAGCAGACGAGGAUCAAGAACCAGACUUGGUGAAGUCAACUCGAUCAUGUCUAAUUCACGGUCUUGGUGGCCUGGGAAAAACGGAAACCGCACUGGAAUAUACGUACAGAUUCCGGCGUGAUUACUCGCACAUAUUCUGGCUUCCGUCUGAAAACCAUGGUCUACUGCAGGAGGCAUUCCAACGAGUCCUUGAAAAGCUGCCAAUUUCUCAGAACAGACGGACGGGAAGCUUGCCGAUGACGAAGAAAGUUGAGAUGGUGAGAGAAUGGUUACAGUCCACAGAAUCAAAAUGGCUUCUCAUUUUCGACAAUUGCGUGCAGGCUUCAACGCUGCAGGACUUUUGGCCAGCUGGAGGUCAGGGCGCCAUCAUUAUCACAUCACAAAAUCCAUUGGUUGGGCAUAUGACAAACAACAGCAUUGCAUUGACGCCCCUGCUCCCAUCGCAGGGUAAGAAACUGAUUCAGAGAUAUUUGGGUCGAGGUGAUUCUGAGCAGAAAGAUGCUGAGCAACUGUCUCGUUCUCUUGGCGGCCUACCCUUAGCUAUUGUCCAUUUCGUAGGUUACGUUGCCAGAACGCAAUGCCCGAUCCGAGACAUCAACCGAUCGCUUGAUCAACGAAUGCAUUCCAGUCAAAUUUGGAGGAAUUCCAAUGCGGGAAUUUCUUCUGAUACAAGAUCAUAUCAGCUUACUCUCGACACGGUUUGGGAUCUUGCCUUGCAAAGGCUGACACCUGACGCCCGGGAACUUCUGGAUUUGCUCGCACUGCUUGACCCAGACCAGGUGCCUACAAGCUUGUUCCUGGGGGAUUCCGGCGAUGUUGCUACACUAGACGCAAGUGAUACGAAAUGGCAGCCUUGGUCAACAAAUAGGUUCAACAGUGCUGUCGAGUUGCUCUAUGAACGUCACUUAGUUGAAAGAUAUGCACUAGCCGAUGGCGAUUUCCUGCGCACUCACAGAGCGCUACAGCGUUGCAUUCUACAUCGCCUUGACGACGAUAUUGACAUGCGUGACAGACGGUUCUCACAAGUGACGAAAAUUUUGCGCAAUGCUGUACCUGUUUUCAACACGAUAAAACGAAGCGAUGAAACGCAAUACUCGCAGUUCGCAGCUAGCCUACCCCAGGUCACAGCAUUCCAUGAUAUCUUCAAGCAAUCGGAAUCGCAGCCACAGGGCACAUUUGAGCUUACUUCAAUUUUCGUAGAUAUUGCCUACUACACGUUUGCACAGGAAAAUCCUCAUCUUGGAGAACCGUUCCUCUCCACGGGUGAAGCAAUCUGCAGAGACUUAACGGAGAGUUCCCCGGAGAAGGCCCGAAGCAUGCUUGCCGACAUUCUAUCCCAGAGUCACAACUACAUCCUUGGAUGGGGGCCCGAGGGUAUGCAAACAGCAAUCGACUUGUCAUCUCAAGUUGUAGAGAUUCGCAGGUGGGAGAAAGCCGCGGUCCCCAAGGAGGAGGAUAUGACUGAAACGCAGAUUGUCAACUAUGCGCGAGCAGUCACGGAUCACGCCUGCUGUCUGUGUUGGGCAGAUAGGAUAGAUGAGGCCGCGCCACUCUUUGCAGAGAGCAUUGAGAUAUACACAAGGUUGAAUAACAUCAUCCGCAAGGCACAUGCCUCAACCUUUCGGCUGUAUGUUUACAGUGCCAGGCACAUGGUGACGGAAACUCGCGAGCUUGGGAGGUGGGCACUCGACCAGAUCGUUGCACAAGCCGGGGACGAGAAUCCCGUCACGACUCCCGCAAAGUUUCGCGUCGCCCAAGCGCUAUACGUGAUCGGAGAUGUACGCCAGGCGCACGACCUUCAUAAGGAAGCUUUUGAGAAACGCUCCAGCACACUCGGCGACGACCACCAUACGACUCUAGCCAGUAGAUACUGUCUUGGAGUGUGCCAACAGCAGUUGGGAAUGCUAGAGGAAGCCGAGGAGAGCUUCAGAGAUAUCCUGACUAGAAGAGAGGCCGAUCGGGACUGGCGGCAAGCGGAUAUUGGACGAGUUCAACUCCGACUUUCGACCAUUCUGAAAACGCAGAAUCGGACGGGUGAGGCAAAGAGAUUGCAGCUGGAUGCUGUACAGUCUCUUGGUCAUACCAGUCAGGUGGGUGAGAAGACUGACGCAGUACUACUAAAAGAGCUUGAUUACCUUGUAGCACUAUCGCAUGGGAGAACCACUGGUAUUUGGAGCAAUGGGAACUUUUGA